CUUUAAAAGAACGGCUGCCAAGAAACCCGUCAGCAGAGUGACUCCUCCCCUCGUUCACACGUUUGUGAUUGUUGUUGUGACUCGCGACGCGGCGCACUUGUGAUUCACCGCAGCGCUGAUUCCCGCCAUGUCUUACUUCAAUGCCAACAGGACUGCGAUGGCUCCGUCGCCGACUCCGUCACACUCCAAGAGGAUCGACAAGAAAAAGUUCACCCACGUCUCCUCGGAGGAGAUUGCACGUGGUGAGCACAUGAGCCUUUCCAAGUACAAGUACGUGGAUGCAUCGGGAACGCAGAAAAUCUGGGAAGUUGCCGAGAGAUGCCACAAGACAAAGAAUACCGAUGCAGACUCGGUGUGCGCCCUUCCCAUCCUGCACCGCAUGCUCAAGUACGACUGCCUUGUGCUCGUGAAACAGUACAGACCGUCCGUGAAGGCCUUCACCCUUGAACUGCCUGCUGGCGUCGUGGAAUCUCCAGAAACCUCCUCUCAGCAGUCUGCGCUGCGCCGUCUCAACUCUCAGACUGGUUACACGUCGACGGGCGUCAAACAAGUCAGCCCACUGACUGCAUCUGAUCCAAUUCACACGACCUGCACCACAAAGAUUGUUUCCGUAGAGAUCAACGGAGACGACCUCCGAAACCUCAACGCACAACAGAAGUUCGCUGAAGGAGAGUUCUACGAGGUGGUCCAGGUUCCCAUGAACGACGUCCUGGAGCGGUUAAAUGACUACAGCGACGAGGGCUACGUGAUCGACUCCCGCGUGUACACGUUCGCCAUCGGCCUGUCCAUGGGCCUGAAGAUGGGCAGCGAGCGCAACGGCGUCAAGGAAGACGACGUCCAGUUCGUCACCAACAUCAUCGACCACUGAGAAGAGGACUGUCGUCCGGAGCCAUCCCUCACUCCUCUCAGCCUCACGUCAUCGUUUAUGAACGCAGCUUGUCUCUCACAGGGUCACUGACAGCUUCAGAAGCGUUGGGCGCGGCAGAGCAUCUCAUUAUACGCAUCGCAGCCAAUGAGAUUGCCGCACUCGCCGAUAUGAAUGGCCAAGAACCAAUCGCGGAGCGCGUGAGCGCAUAGGCCACGCCCCACGCUUCGUAUACGCUGUCGGUGACAAGGCGCGCUUUGCUCUCGAUGCAUGCCCGCCCUCCUUGUACUGUAUAAUUAUAUAUUGUGUGUAUACCUUUCUUUUGCUCUCUUACUCGACGUGCGUGGGACGUGAUUUCCAAUCCUUAGUGCUUACGCGGUUGGGGAAACGAAUGCAAGAAUCCGUAUAAGCGCGUUCGUUCCUCGUAGUCGCGCCACCUCUGAAUGGCGCUAUGUGCAAUGUGCGCGAGUCUCCAGGAGGCCUCUUGAGGACUCGUCGGGUCAGACUCGGCUAAUAAAAUCACGCGCGUAUAUAAGCCGUCAUUUUGAGCCCACAAAGCGGUUGGACAUCUCUGUAUUUUUAUUUUAAUAAACUGAAUAUAAUACUGA